CAUUUCUAUUCAACAAUUUGAAAGUUGCAUCAUAGUCUCACACAUUCAUUCCAUAAUAAGAGCAACAGUUCAUGCACUUGAUAAUCCGAUGGGUUCUGUAUCCACAACCGUUGAGGCAUUUCAGGCUGUGAUCAAACUGAUUGCCCAAGCAAGUAACAUGAUGAAGGAUUUGGCUCAUAUAUGGUCUCCUCCAAUUUAUCGAAGACUUGUUAGUGCUGAUAAAAGAGAAUGAGACAUGGCGGAAAGGUGUCUUCAAAAAAUUAAGUCAACUAUCCUACCUCCAUUGCCACUCCUUUCAAAGUCUGUUGCUACAGACAUCAAGCAGAAUUUACUUUUGCAAAUGGAGAAGAUACUGCAGAGUCAUGGCUGUAAAGUAUAUGUCCUCCAAGCAUGGGGAUGGCUUAUUCGUUUACUUGGGGACCAUAUCAUGAAUGCCAGAAUGCUUCUCAACCAGAUGCUAAAAAUACCAGAGCAAACCUUUGCAGAUCCUAAUUCACAAGUGCGCAUUGCUUCUCAGGUUGCAUGGCAAGCUUUGAUUGAUGUUCUUAUUCAUUGUCCUAUACAAUCCACAGCAGACCAGGUUUCCCCAGGAAAGACUUCAGAGGUUGAACUAACAGCAUCAGAAACAACUCAUCAGUCCCAAGUCUUCCCACCUCUUAAAAACCUAAAAUUGCUUAUGAAGCCCAUAAUUGGAGUAAUGAGUAGUAAAUGUGAUGUGUCUGUGCGACUUUCAUGUUGGAAAACAUGGAACUAUGUUUUACAUAAGCUUGAUGGCUCAUUGAAUGACCCUGCUAUUCUAUCAAUUGUUUUAGAUCCAAUUUUUAAAGUUAUCUUUGAGACUGGGCCAGAUAACAAAAAUCUAUGGAUAUGGGAUCUCUGUAUGAAUCUCCUAGAGGAGUUUGUAUUUUCAAAGGUUAAAGACAAGGAUGAUGAACUAAACAUUUAUGUAACUGGGGAGGUUUCAUCUCCUAAGAAUCCAUGUCAUGGGAUAUCUUUAAAAUUCAACAAAGAUAGUUUUCCAGCCUUUUCUAUUAAAUGGACUCCCUGGAAUAUUACUCACAUUGAGUUUUUAUUGAAUAAUGUAGGAGUUUUAUGGAAAUGUGGUGUCAGGAAUUGUGAGCUCUCUGAUUUCAGUAGUUUAACAUUGAAUGGUGCGCUGAGAAUUUUUCGUUUAAUAUUAAGAGGUGUUCAGAGUGACUUGCAAGAAGACUUUAAGCCUCUCAAUGAGCGUGUACAAGUUGUUUGCCUUAUUCUAAAAUUUGUGCAAGGAUUGUGUCAGGACAUUGAUCUAAAAACUUCUCUGUGUGCCAAAGGUCCAAAUAGUGUCAUUUUUAGUUUGCUGGAAGUUAUAAAGGAUGAGAUACCAAUUUCUACUUUGACAUCUUCUUCCUUCAAGAUGCCUAUCGAUUUGAAUGAAAAUUGGAAUAGUAAAAAGAACAUGUUUUCAGAUGGCCUUGACCAUUGCACAAAUGGCAAUAUACUUGGAUUUCACAUGACCAAAAUUGAUAUGGUUUCUCCUGCUGUUUAUCUUAUUUUGGUGUGGCUCAACUUUGUAGCUCAUCUCUGUUCAAAUGCAUCUGAGGAAGAGAAAUUACUGGAAAAAUUGGGAAAGCUAACUCAAGUUGUGGAUUCUGGUGUCACUCCUUUGGAGAAUUAUCAAGCACUUGCUACUGUGUUGUACAAUCUUGGAUUAAAUGCUGUCAAUUUCAAUUGCAAUAUGCAAUUGCAAACUAACAUAUUUGAUGAAGAAAAGAGCUUGCAUUCUUUGCCUUUCAAUGGUGAUGGCUUUUUCUGGUUAAGAGUGUGGAAGAAAUUUGCUAAGUGCCUCAAGGAGCAUCUGGAAUUUGUUAAUGAUGUUGAUCUCACGGUAGAUGCAGGGUAUCAAACGAUUUACAGUUUCCUUUUGUUCCCAAUUAAUACUAGAAUAGUAUAUUCAUCUGCUGAUUCAAACAAUCUAUCCAGUCAAUUUGUAUCCCACAAAAAUAAUUGCAACGCAAGUCCUGAAAAGGAACUUGAUCUUGUAUUACAAGUGUGGACUUCUCUCUAUAAUUCUGUUAAUCUUAUCUCAUCAGUGAAAAGUUCGCGGGUAAAUAUUUUUGGUGAGGGAUUUUGUAAAAGAGCUUUAAAGGUGAUUGAAGAGAAACACAAUAAAUACAUUUCAAAGCAGACUGCUGAAGACUCUGGGUCCAUACAAUUGUCAUUUGCAGAGCAGAAUUACUUUCUGACAAUAGCUGGUGGAAUUGCUGCCCAAGUGCUUAAACAGGCACAUGUCACUGCACCUGGAAUGCUAAAGGUACAAAGGCAAGCAAGAUUUGAUAGGUUUGUGGGACCUACGAUUCUGAACUGCAGUCCUGGGGGAAAUGAGGCAAAUGAUCAAUGUAAUGUUAAAGGCAUUUUGAAUUUUGUUGCCAGGUUCUUGGAACUAGCAGGGGAACUGAAUGAUACAUUUGCUGAUUGCAACUUUGUUAUGGUUUCAGGGGUGUUUGAUGCAAUGGCUUGCUUUCUCAGUUGCCUUUCUACUAGACAUGAUAUACUUAUAUUUAUGCAGAAAUUCUCCCACCCUCUAGCCAAAUGGCUCAUUGCUUGCUCAAAUGUGAAGGUAGUUUCUGAAGAAGGUUGUCCAGUAUUAGAACUUGAGAAGGCAUGGAGUCAGCUACUCAACUGCUUGCAGAAGUGUCAACCAGCAAUCAUAUUUGAUUCAAGUUUUUUAAGCCUUCAGACACCUUUACUAGUAGCGGCAUUUCAACAUAUUCAUUCUCCAAUAGCUAACCAAACUGUUGCAUUUUGGGAGGCCACAUAUGGGAACACACAGUCGCUAUCGUACCCUGCAUCACUAGUUCCAGUCCUCAGAAAUUUAUCACAGAAAGUAAAAAUUAAUCUACCCAGUUUCGAUAUGUUAAUGAAAGGUCAACUGUCACCAGAGUCUUGUUCUAUGAAGUGUGCAAAUGAUAAUAUUCUCAAACAAUUAGAUAAUUUAACUUCAAAUCAUUUAAAGUCAAUAGAUUCUCACAGACCAUACCGAGAUUUUGAGAAGUCAAGCAUUCCAGAUUAUCAAUCAGUAGUAGACAAGUCAACAUCAUUUGGAGCAAAUGAUUGUAAAGCUAAUGACGCCUUUAACUAUAUUAGAGUCUGUGAGCAAGGACAACAUUCGCAUUCAGCAGAUAAAGUUCCAUCUAGUAGCUUGCAAGGGGCUGCCAUCAGUGAGGGAGAAGAAAGUGGUAAAAUGACCCAGAAAGAAGGCAGUUCAAAAGGAAGGAAGAAGCUGGAGUUCAUGGAAGACAGUCCACAAGAUUAUGUCUCAAUACCAUCAACUGUUAAAAGGAAGCAAUGUCCUCUGACAGAUCACCAGCGAGAGGUCAAAAGAGCACAAAGGGGUCGUGGGAUGGACACCAUGGGACACGGGCCAGGAAUUAAGACUUAUACAGCUGCUGAUUUUAGUCAAGGAAAUGGUGAUUCAGAAGAGCCUGAGGAAUUUAAUCUUGCUGAUAUAAUCUUCGAUAAAUGUAAAGAAGGAAGCUAAAAUGUUACUGCAAUGUGCUUUGCUCCAUUGCCCCAAGCAACCAAAGAAUUUAAAUUGUUCAUGAAGGUUUUUUUGGAGAAGCGAAAUCCCCAAGAUUCCUACCAACUUCUCAGAUAAUUUAUAUCAGAAGGAUCAGACAUGAGCUUCCAGUCCUUUUUGCAUGACUCUGAGCUGUUUCCUUGAAUAAGAGUUAUCCCUGCAAUUGUCAGUCGUCAUUUUAUUUCCUAUAACCUUGUUAAGAUAUGUCCAUAUUAGUAUAAACUAAGCAAACGGGUGCUUUUUCAUCCGGGUGAGGAAAUAGAGUUUAGCACCAAAUGAUUUGCUCGUUAAGUAGUAACAUUUUAAAGCUCGUCUUUUAUAUUUAUUUAAAUGGUUUUUUGUUUUUUUUCAA